AUGGAUAGUAUCAAGAACUCUUCGUCUGUCCAGACCGCCAGUUCGUUCGAGCGACAAAUCGAGGAUGUCGAAGAUGCGGCAACCGUCGAAGCAACAAAGGGCGGCACCAAGGACGAUGACUACGACAUGCGUCGAAUGGGAAAGCUUCAGGAGCUCAGGCGUAACUUCCGUUUCGUUUCUAUUUGGGGAUUCAGUCUCCUGUUGGGCAAUGCUUGGGUCGUUGCUUUGAUAUCUAGCAAUGUCACAUUGGCCAACGGCGGAAUGGCUGGCGGUGUAUGGAUGUUCCUCAUCGUGGCUGUGGGCAUGUUCUUCUGCAUGCUUUCCAUGGCCGAGAUGGCAUCAAUGGCGCCUACCGCCGGUGGUCAAUACCAUUGGGUCAGUGAGUUUGCUCCGCCCAAGUACCAACGCUUCCUUUCGUACAUGGUUGGAUGGAUGUGUGUCCUGGGAUGGCAGGCCGCUAUGUGCGCAAGCGCGUACACUCCUGCACUCAACAUACAAGGCUUAAUCGCACUCAAUGUCGAAGGCUACACGCUUCCUGGUUGGCAUGCUGCACUGAUGACUAUUGGUAUCGUCAUUAUUUGCAUCUUUAUCAACACCGUCGCAAUUAAGAAAUUGCCACUGCUUGAGGGUUUCAUGUUGCUGUUCUUCUUUUUCAGCUUCUUCACGAUCAUUGUCGUUCUUUGGGUCAUGGCUGAGAGAACUCCUGCAAAGAAAGUGUUUACUGAGUUCAGCGACAACAUGGGCUGGGGUAACGUGGGUCUAUCGACAUUGGUCGGUAUCUUAUCACCGUUCACCACACUUCUCGGCUCUGACUCGGCUUGUCAUCUUUCGGAAGAACUUAAGGAUGCUUCAUGGGUCCUUCCAAGAUCUAUGGCCGCUACCGCAGUUGUCAACUAUGCUCUCGGCUUUGUGACAGUCAUUACGCUCAUGUUUACCCUCGGAGAUUCUGUAGAAUCUGUACUCGACACUCAAUUCGGCCAGGGAUAUAUUCAGGUCUUCUAUAAUGCCGUGCAGUCCAAGGCUGGAGCAUCAGGUCUCACGGCAAUCGUCUGCGUUCUGCUGUUCUUCACUGCCAUCAAUCAAGUCACGACCACGUCAAGACAACUCUUUGCUUUCGCUAGAGAUGGUGGCUUGCCCUUUUCUUCCUUCCUCGGUAGAGUCCGUCCUGGCAUGGACAUUCCUCUCAACGCGUGUACUGUUACUGUGGUUCUGACAGUCCUCAUCUCGCUCAUUGUCAUCGGCUCAAACACAGCCUUCAACGUCAUCACCAGUCUUUCCAGUGUCGGACUGUUGACGUCUUACAUCAUUUGCAUCGGAUGCAUGGCCAGGAAGCGAAUUAUGAAGGAAGCUCUCCUUCCCAGUCGCUUCAGUCUGGGUCGCUGGGGUCUUGCCGUCAACUUGACUGCGAUCAUCUUCUUGUCUUUCUGUUGGGUUAUGCUGUUCUUCCCUUCCAGACCACACCCUGACGCACAGGAUAUGAAUUGGACCAUCCUGAUCUACGGUGUCACUUGGGUUGCUGCGGUCUUGUACUACAACUUCAAGGGCAAGUAUGACUACGCUGGUCCUGUCGAAGGUAUCAGCAAGGACUACUGA